AUGGGCAUAGACCGAUGCAACAGCAACGGAUUUGCGGGCACCUGGGAUACCAUAGCACCACAGCGAUCUCAGUUGGCCGUCCUGCUACCGUGGGAGCUGAAUGGACGCUAUGAGAUUGCAGCUGCAAGGAUCGGCGGCACCAGGGACUUCUUCCUGCUUGCACACAAAGUUGAGCGGAGCGAUGCCGCCCGGCCAUCGAAAGCUUUCAGGGGUUCAACCCAAGACUCUCCAGGAGAAGCCGACACCAUUGGGGACCAUUUUUGGCGCUUCUCAGAAAAGUCCAAAGCGUCCAUGCUUCCAACUGAGGCAGAGGAAACGCGGAUUACAAGCACUCAUAGGUAUGCCGAACAGAUUUACUGGUGUGAGUGGGAGACAACACUGUGGCGUGCUCUUUUGCACACCGGCAUCAUAUGGGUGCCCAUCGUGAACGGCAAGGCUGUGGUGAAGAAGAGAACCAAGCCCAAUGGCGAGCCUUCCUGUUCCCCGGUCUGCACUUCCGGGGCUUGCCUGUCAGACUGUCGAAUCAGUGCGGAGGGAGCAAAGAUGCUGAGCCGGCCAGAAGAAAAGGAAAUGGAUACAUGUUGGCGGGGCAAGCGCGGUAGGAGACUGGUGUGCCGGUCGCAACAGCUUCGCAACCAACAACGGUUAAAGACGCUCUUGAGCAGCUAUACGAGGACGAACUGA